GCUGGCGGCCCGCGCCGCAGCUCCCGGCUCCCCGCGUCGUGCUCCCGAGUGCCUCUAAUCGGAUUGCCGCGAUUUCUGCCCUUCCUAAAGCGGCCCGGGGAGGCGGGGGGAGGCGGUGGGCGGCUCUCGGCGCCGGGCUCAUAAAGCCCGUAAAGCGCGGCGGGAGCGCGGCGCGGCCGCGGCCAUGCAGUGAGAGCCCGCCGUGGGACCAGCCCCGCUCCGCCUCGCCCCGGGAGCGCUGCGAGGGACAGACCGCCCCGGCUCAAGAUGCAGAGGUGCACCGGAUUCCUGCUUCUGUCUUUAAUCCUUUGUGCCACCCUCUCGGAAACGCUCGGGCUGGUUUUCUCUGCGAAAGACAAAAGGGGUUGGACUUUGAAUAGUGCUGGUUAUCUACUUGGGCCACAUGCAGUAGAUAACCACAGAUCUUUUAAUGACAAGCAUGGUUUCACUGGUAAACGCGAAAUACCGCCCGACGAGGAUAUUAAAGCAGGGAGCCUUGGAAGACCCCUGGCUGAUGAAAACAUUGUGCGCACAGUAAUUGAAUUUUUGACCUACUUGCAUCUGAAAGAGGUGGGAGCACUUGACAAGCUACCUACACCAGAGGAAAUGAACCAGUCUUGAAGAAUGCAUUUUUAUUUUGUUGCAGUGUAGAUUUAGACUGAAUUCUAAACAAAAGACCAAAAUGACCUGAAGUUAAGAAGUAUGGUUUGCAUUUAUUUGAUAAAUGGUAAACAGUGUUCUGCCCUCUGGUUGGUUUGUUGGAUUAUUUUUUGCUUUUUUUUUCCCCUUCCCUCCCUCUCCUGCAAUGUCAUUGUGUAUAAUUUUGCUUUGGUCAAUUUUUUUCUGUAGGUAAAUGAUAAAAUAAAAAUAAAGAGCAACAAA